AUGGACAGGUCCCAGUUCGCGCUGAAGUUCCUGGACCCCUCGUUCGUGCCCAUCACGAACUCGCUGAGCCAGGAGCUGCAGGAGAAGCCCUCCAAGUGGGCCUUCAACCGGACUGCCUUCGCACAGCAGAGGCAAGAAAUCCUUCAGCACGUUGAUGUCAUAAAAAAUUUUUCUUUGACCAAGAGCAGUGUCCGGAUUGGGCAGCUGAUGCACUAUGAUUACUCCAGCCAUAAGUACGUGUUCUCUAUCAGCAAUAACUUCAGGUCGCUGCUUCCCGACGUGUCUCCCAUCCUGAACAAGCAUUACAACAUCUGUGCUGUGGUUGGGAACAGUGGGAUCCUGACUGGGAGCCAGUGUGGGCAAGAGAUAGAUAAAUCUGAUUUUGUUUUUCGUUGCAAUUUUGCUCCAACUGAGGCUUUCCAGAAAGAUGUUGGCAGGAAAACCAACCUCACGACCUUCAACCCCAGCAUCCUGGAGAAGUAUUACAACAAUCUUCUGACCAUUCAGGAUCGCAACAACUUCUUCUUAAGUUUGAAAAAGCUUGAUGGGGCCAUUCUUUGGAUCCCUGCCUUUUUCUUCCACACGUCAGCAACGGUGACGAGAACACUGGUUGACUUCUUUGUGGAGCACAGAGGGCAACUAAAGGUCCAGUUGGCUUGGCCAGGAAAUAUAAUGCAACAUGUUAACAGAUACUGGAAGAACAAGCACUUGUCACCCAAGAGGCUGAGCACAGGUAUUCUCAUGUACACCCUCGCCUCUGCUGUGUGUGAGGAGAUCCACCUGUACGGGUUCUGGCCCUUCGGCUUCGACCCCAACACGCGGGAGGACCUCCCGUACCACUACUAUGACAAGAAGGGAACCAAGUUCACCACCAAGUGGCAGGAGUCCCACCAGCUGCCUGCAGAGUUCCAGCUGCUCUACAGGAUGCACGGUGAAGGACUGGCCAAACUCACCUUGUCGCAUUGUGCCUAAGAACCAAAAUCUUGAAGUGCCAAAUUACUGUCUAAAAAGUGCCCAAA